AUGUCAGGCGAUUUGCGAGUCUUCGUUCUGAAUCCGAUUCAAUGUGAGAGACAACCGCUUUCUGCAAAAUUGUAUCAAGUUAUAACAGAUGUAUGAGAGACGCACAAAGUUCUGAGUUUCAAUUAAUUAAAUGAAAUUACUUUCCAAAAAAAGAUGUUCUCUGUGAAGUGCGAUUUUAGAUGGUAUUUUGACGGUUCUUUCGGGUUUUGCAAUGAUAACUAUGUGCGGAAAAAAGAAGGCUUCGACGAGAUCGCUGACUAUCGCGCCGGUCUCUUCAAGAGCCCCUCCGCCUCCAAAAGAGUCUGCUCAAGCUCGAGACCCCCUUCCUCCGGUCCCAUCUCAGGUCUCCUUCUUUUUCCAUCCGCCGUUUCUUGAAUAUUAAUAGAAAAAAAUGACUAUUGAAAGUGAGAUUUUGUGACAGAUUUUCGUUUUGAGUCAUAAGACUAGGUUUUUCAAAUCUCAUUUGCCACGACUCGAAUAUUUCUGACUUGUCUGUUCCCUCUACUCUAUAGUCGAUGUGCCACAAGAUGAAAUUUCAUGGAACGACACUCCGCUGUUUCGAUUUUGUGCGGUAGCGCGCAUCUGGCGAAUUUGGCAACUUCGGCCACGCUAAUUUUUUUUUUGUUUUCAUUCUAAUUUCGAUCGUUUUUUUUAUUGUUUUAUUUCUUUAAAAUGUAAUAUUAUCGUUGAAAAGGAUUUCGUUGUACAAAUGUAAAAGAAAGAACACAGUAAAUUUCAUGAUGUUUCUCGAAAAAAGCGAUUGAAAAAAAGUUUGAAAAACUUCAUGUAUUCUUCAAUCGCUUUGAUAUUGUUUUUCUCGUUUCUCAAAAAAAGUUUUCAAAGACUUACCAAAAGGAUUUGCGGGUGAAACGCCACAAUAUUCUACAAUAGUUUCUGUGUUUUUUUUUAAAGCCAUGUUUUAAUGUUUUCAUCGUUUUUUUUUUCUGUUGCAGUCGUUAAUUGUUUUUUUCAGAAAGUGAGCGCCUUAUAAAAUGAAGAUGUGUACUUCCAUGAGCACAUGCACCAUAAUUUGAAGAAAGGUUUUCGUUCCUUUUUUUAAAUGGAGCUUUAGAUAAAUCGUAUUGCUGAACUAUGCGUCAGAAAUGGGGCGUGAACAGUGGGCACAUGGAAUAGUGGAAACGAUGUGCUGAACGAAAUGUCCAGAAAACUAAUAAUUUUUUUCCUUUGAACUUAUGUAUCUGUUUUUUUAAAUAAAAAAAUUCGUCAAUGUAGAAACAUUCAAUUUUUUUAAAAAUCAUUCACUGUGUAUUUUAUUUCUGAUUGGGAUAUUUUUUUACAUGAUUUGAAAUGAAAAAAAGAAAUGUCGAUAAAGGCUCAAUGAAGGUAAAAAUAACGGAAUAUAUUGAACAAAACCAAAGACCAUCUCAUGAAAAACUUUCAAAUAUUAUAAACGCAUUUUUUCGCUUAAAAUUCGAAACUAACUCUACUUUAUUUUUAUCAAUGAAACAGUCUAUCCUCUAGAAAAGAUAUAGGUCAUUCCGCGCCAGCUUGUCACGAUUUCCAGUUUAUUUGGAGCUAGAGAAGCCUUUUUCGGCGCUUCGCUUCGAUGCUCUCGGUGUGCCCCUUGCGUGCGCCUUUAAUAAAAACUCAUUAUUUUUGGAACUUUGGAAUUUUCCUAUUCUACAAAAAAACAGUUGUAACAUCAAAUUUUAUAUCACAUUAACCCAAAAAACUAUAUGCAAGAAAAAGCUCGAACAGCCGGUUUCAUUAAUAACAAUUAAAAAAAGUAGUAAUUCAAUCUUUUUUUGAUUUUCUUUUUUUCUUACAAAUCCAGCACAGAAUCUGAGUGUGUAUAGUCCAAGCGAAAAAUGAAAUCAAUCCAUCGAAAACAACCUCGUAAAUUAAUAGAAGAGUGAGAGGAAAUUGAAGCAAUAUCUUAAUCAGAAAUAAUAUUUUAUUAAAGGCGCACGCAAGGGGGAACACCGAGAGCAUUGAAGCGAAGCGCCGAAAGGGGUUCUGUAGCUCCGAGGAAAAUUAAAAUCGUGACAAGCUGGCGCGGAAUGACCUAUAAUUAUGAUUUUGGCACGAAGACAACUAUUAAAACAUAAUUAAAAUAAUGAAAAUUUCGAAUAAAACAAAAAAAUAGAAAGCGCGACCGCAAUUCGCAAAGGCAAGGCGCUUUCACGGCCACGGCCACCCAACGGAGUGUCGUUCCAUGAAAUUUCAAGUCGUGGCACAUCGACUAUAUCAACUCCUUGCUUUCAAGGCUGCACACUUAUUGUAUGUUUCUGGUAAUUACAUACACGAGGGUGCAGAAAGAUCGGAUUGUUUAAUAAUGUGUCGAUCGUAUAUUUAGUAAGAUGAUAGUCAAGAAAAAAAUUGCUGGUCAAAGAAAGUCGAAAAAAUUUUCUCUCAACAUGAUAAACACUUUCAGAAGGAGACUGAUACAGUGACUGAAGACAAAAAGGUAUUUCUUCUUGAUUUUUUAUUAUUCUUUUAUUUCGAAUAGGUCCAACCUGAGUGAUAAUUUUUGAAACGUUUCUUUUCCUUUCUCAAAAGUGAAUUUCUCCCUUUUUUUUUCUCAGACCUGCUGAAAGGUUUUUAAUAGGACGCUGCGAAAGAGCUGUCGAUCCAGAAAAAAGAAGAAAAGGAGGAGACGAAAAAUGAUAAGAAGUCGAAAAGAACAAAGUCAGAGAAGCAAUUGGAAGAAAAAAGCGGUGGGGUAAGUGUGAAGGAAACUGAGAAGAUUCUAGGAACAUUAGGGUGGUCGGUCAGAAAUGAGCGCUAGUUUUGGGUUUAUUUCACUACGAAAACAUUAAAAAUAGAAACAUUCAAAAGUUAUUUUCGAUCGAAUGUAUGAUAUCACCGAAAUCUUUGCGGAGAACGAAUGCUCUUUUUAAUGCCGUGUUCAAAGUAAUUUCGCGAAAUGCAAAAUGAUCUCUGACUCUCCAAAAUAUAGUUAUAUUUUUCUUUCCCUGACGGGUAUUUUGCAUUUCGCGAAAUUACUUUGAAAACGGCAUAAAUUCUGUCUUGGAAAUGUCAAUCGAAAAACCCAAAGCUCAUUUAUAACCUAUCAACCUGAUUAAUGAAAAAGUUUCGAAGAACUUAAACCAUUUUGAAAUCAAUUAUUGUUCCAGAACGGGCCGAAGAAGAUCGCAAAAGACGCCAAAGAGGUUUUAUAAGCGUCUUUCGUGUUUUUGAGAACUUUUUGAUCCAGAAGAAGAUUGCGGCGGGACACAAAGUUGGACCGGACGACUAUCCGACGAUGGACAACGUCAAGUCGGACUGGGACGACGACGGCAAGGAUAAGAAAGAGAAGGACCAGUGA